CGGCGCCGAAGCCCUCCCGGCCGACCUCUGCUUGCAAAUCGUCCUCGGAGGGGAGCAAAGCGCCUAGCAUGUAGGAGAGAGGCGAGGGAAAAGCGGGCAUGGGGAACCAGGUGGAGAAGCUGACCCACCUGAACUACAAGGAAGUUCCCACAGCUGACCCGACGGGCAUGGACAGGGAUGAGGGGCCCAGGAUUGGCGUGUCCUACAUCUUCUCAAAUGACGACGAUGAGCUGGAGCAGCAGCAGGAUUCGGUACACGAUCUGGGAGGCGAGCACCCUGCCUUGCAGCCGUAUGAUCCCCGUCUGCAUGAGGUGGAGUGCUCCGUGUAUUACCGGGAUGAGUGCAUCUACCAGAAGAGCUUUUCCGAGGAGGAUAUGCUGCCAGAGGAGGGGGAUGAAGGCGGUGGGGGGCACCUGAGCACCUAUACGCCAGAGAACCUGCUGAAUAGGUGCAAACCAGGUGACUUGGUGGAGUUUGUGUGCCAGGCCCAGUACCCGCACUGGGUAGUCUAUGUUGGGGACUUUCAAGUCGUGCACCUGCACAGGCUGGAGGUGGUGAACAGCUUCCUGACGGACGCCAGCCAGGGCAGACGGGGCCGCAUCGCCAACCGGCUGUACCGCUACAAACCCCUGAGCCCGGCCGCUGUGGUGCGCAAUGCGCUGGAGCAAGUGGGCUGCAAGGACCGGGACCUGAGCUGGAGAAACUCGGAGUGUUUUGCUGCCUGGUGCCGGUACGGCAAGCGGGAGUUUAAAAUCGGGGGGGAGCUGCGCAUAGGCAAGCAGCCCUACCGAUUGCAGAUCCGGCUGGGGGACAAGCGCAGCCACACGCUGGAGUUUCAGAGCCUUGAGGACCUCAUUAUGGAGAAGAGGAGAAAUGACCAAAUUGGUAGGGCUGCUGUAAUCCAGGAGCUCUCCAGCCACCUGCAGGCUGCAGAGGAGGAGGAAGACGAGGAGGAAGAUCAUCAUCCAGGUGCUCGGACUGCUAUGGAGUAACAGCCUCAUCACCAUCGUGCUGCUUGGGCUGGGUGAUGGGGAUUAAAACUGAAGGCUGCGAAAUUGAGCUGUUAUAAGCCCUUUGGGCUGCUUCAGUGCAGCUUCAUUCCAAUCACAUGUGAAAGGAAGGGGGAAAGCUGAUUAAGUGUCUGUGCUUUAGUGCUUAACUCCUUCAGUGCUUGAUGAUAAACUGACUUAUUUUAGAGGAUAAAACUCAGGGCGAUCCUACCCCCUCUCUGCUCCCACCUC